UAGUCCAACUUAGCUUUCGAAGUACAUAUAAUUGUUUCUGGACUGAAUAUGUAUUUGAAAAUGAAGACCAAGACGCUGCAAUAUUCAAAAAUUGACAUGACAUAAGCAAUGUAUAACGAUUUUAUUGUAUACUAGCAGAACGGAUUUUUCCGUUCUAAAUGUCAAUUUAUGAGUUUUAUAUACGCAAAAAAUACGUUGUUCGCGUUCUGAAAUUAUAUUGCACACAAAUUGAAAUGACUUUUCUAAUAUUAGAUAGAUUUUUUAACAUGUCGGAAGAAGCAAGUGCGUUUUAACUUAAUUCUACAAUUUUAAAACUUUACAGAUCCUUUUUGGAACCUAAAUGUGUGGUCGUCGAGAUUUCGGGUUCGGGCAUUUUUGAAAGAUUUCAUUUCAUCUCAAGUUUCUUCAUGGGAUGUGCCGCAGUAAUUAAAUUUUAGAUAAAAAUUAGAAAUUCAUUUGUCCAUACAUAUUAACUUAAAAAAUGUGCUGUUUUUGAAUAAAUGUAAAUUCGCUUGCCCUAGUCCUGUGUAUGUGGUGGUGAUGUUCCAUUGAACAAGUUUCCAAGCUAAAACCCAAACAAUAUACCUAUAAACAGACGCCGGCAAAUACGCACCACGCUACAUAUAUCAACAAGUAGAGACAACCCACGUGCUCUUAUACGCAUGUGUACAUUUGUUUACAUCCGUUCCGAUCUAUCGGCACGCUGCAUCAGCUGAUCAUUCCGAUGGUGUAUGUUUCUACCACACAGAGCGGAUCAGCUGUGUAAGAUUUUCCUAACCCAGCCGUUUUCCAUCAGAUUUUCCCUUACGCUGGAGAAUGCAUGGCGAAAUGUUUGCAGCUGCGAAUUAUUGAUUUUUCAUCUCAUCAGCCAUCUUGGAAAGCGAAACACAUCGUCUCGUUCGAAAAAUGGUUUUAAAACUGUAAAAACAAGUGUUGUGUAUUGAAUAUAUUCAGUAAAUGCUAAUUGUAUUCAUUACGUAUUGAUAAGAUAGUUAAAUGAUUGAUGCAACAUCACUGGAAUGCUUAAAAGUGUCUAGAAAAUUGGAUGUCUAAUAAAAAGGGUGUGUUGUGAGGCUUACAUAAGGUUCUGGAUGCGAGGAAAAUUUAGAUGAGUGUUAUUUAGUAUAAUUAAAAUCAAACAACAAAUGACAGGAAGUUUUAGAGUUCAGCUCGUUAAUAUGGGCACCAGAGGGGCUGCAUUUCAAGCAAAAUUGCGGUGCUUGCAUGAGUAUCAUGUGCGACUGCUUAGUAAUCAGAUUCCAGCCCCAUCUGGAUCGGACAUAGCAAACACCAUAAAAUAUUUUUCUCAAACGCUUCUAACCGUUCUGAAGGAUGUACCUUGCUCUCCUCUGGAAAUGAUCAAAGAUCCAUCGCUGGAUCAACCGCGGAUGUCGAGCUACCCAAAUCUGGAGUAUCAAAAUCUAUAUAAUGCGCUCACAAUGCUACUGGAUGUUGCUUCCAGCAUACAGAAUGGAUUGAACUUAUUCGGGAAGGCGUUGCUACAGUGUUUGGGAUGCAUUCUACCAUUUCUGGAUAAGGAUCUUAUAGAUAAUCUUCCAUAUUUAGCUGCUUCCAGUAUUUCUGUGCUUCCGUCAUCGUUACACCAAGAUAUUAUCAACUAUCUGUGCUACUAUAUACUACCAUUUACGAUCACUCGCCAAAGUGACGAUGAUCAGGAAUGUCAUGCAUGUCAAUCAGUGUCGGCCGUAAUAAUGUUAGUAUUUCAGUACUCUAAUAAUCCUGCACACCAUUGUCAACUUCUUGAAAGCUUGAUGAGACUCAAGCAUAACGUUGUUAAAGAUUUGCUUUGUGUGAUCGCGUAUGGAACCUCAGCUAGUCGAGCUUCUGCUGCAAAACUGCUCUUCUACUAUUGGCCUGCAUUUGAUCCCAAUCUCUUUGAUCGUAAGGGACUGCUGUGCAAAUUUACCAAUAAUUUGGUACCAUUUGUAUGUCAAAGAGAGUCAUGUCCGAAUGCUGGCAAUGCUGAAGCCGUUAAAGUUUGCUACGAUCACUGCAUUAGUAUUUUGUAUGCAGUUGAUUCCCCUCCGCCGCUUUAUCUAUGCAUCGAAUGUGCCAACGAAAUACACAGAGACCAUCCAGAUCUUUCGUUCGGAGAUAUACUGCAUCCCAUGCAACAAGUGUCAAUGAUAUGUGAGAACAAGAAUUGCAGGUCAAGCGAUAAAUCAGCGGUGUCGAUUUGCUUUUCAAGCGAAUGUGCUAGUUACAAUGGCAACCAUCCGAUUAGAUACUGCGCUCAGUGCCAUGGCAACCGGCAUAACAGUAGGCGUGGAAUUGAUCAUAUCGUGCACCGCAGUCUACCCCCGAUGAUGAUGAUGGAUGCUGAGAUGCAAACGUAUAUGGUAGAAGCGGUUAUUAGUCUCCUCAGAGAAGCAAAACCUUUGAAUCUGGAUUUUGGAAGAGAUUCGUUCAGUGACUCGAAGGGUAACACAGCAAAUGGAACACAAGACACGCUAUCUCUGGAGGAUCGUCAACUACUUGGUCGAUACGGGAUAUGGUUACUGGUUGGCAGAUGCAAACCUACUGCAGACACACCAGUUGAAAUUCUUGGGCGAUUAUUGUCGAUGCUGUUCCACUGGUUUCACAUAACCGCAUACUCAUAUGACGGACAAACAGAAAGUACUUUAGAGAAGCUUAAACUAGAACAUGUGUGCGGCUGGUUGAAAGAUGUUUGUGACAGUCAUUAUAAAGAAUUUAUCGACUGCCUCUUGCCGCAUCCACCCGAAUAUUCCAGGGUUGGCGGCCAUUGGGAUACGCUUGCGUCAAGAACGUCACAUCUCAAAGAAGGUCUUCAACGCUUGAUCUGUUUAAUACCAUACGAGAUAAUAACUCAGCAGAUUUGGGACACCGUCAUGCCACAUUGGAUGGAAGCAGUCACAAACGAUGUACCAGAGAAAGAACUACCAGAAUUAAAAAUAGUGCUGAGCAAAAUUCUAGAUCCGGAAAUGUCUCCACUGGGCUUUGAUGCCAAAGCGAUGUACAACUUUGUGACUAUCCGUUUUGAGAAAACAACAGCCAAAGUUCAACAACAGGCACUACAUUGGUUGCAAAAUUUGACGAAACUGGAAAUAUUAAUUCCGCUAACGCAACUGUUUGCAAUGUUUGGAGAUGGCGUUCGCAUAAUGAAGCACGGAAUGCAGGCAGAGUUCCAUUCGGACAAAAUAGGAAAAACAAGUACCUCCAAAAUUGCGCGAGAUAGGGAACUUCAACCGCCUAGAAGGAGUUCUAUUUCUCCCGUUGUUGAGGACGAUUCGGGUAAUACAUCAGCGAUUUCAGACGAUGAAGCACCAAUGUCAAGACACACCGAGUUUUCGACGGAUGCCGAACAUAAUCUCACAUGCUGCAUUUUAAUGCUGGAUAUAUUAUUGAAACAGAUGGAGCUUCAAGAUAUUGAGCAGCAUUGUGGAAUUUAUACAACGGUUUGCGAUGGUGUUUGUAGACUUCUUAAAUGCAUGGUGACGGCAGCUAAAGUAGGAUUGGGCAACCAUAUUUGCUCUUCAAAAGAAUGUGGCUACUGUGAAGCAUCAGUAAUGUGGCAUCAACUUUCAACAAAGCUGGUUCAAUACUUGGCCCCGUUGGAUGCUGUCAGACCCCCAGACGCCCCACUUCCGGAAAUCAUAGACGACGAAAAACCGUCACGGAAAAGUCCUCCUGAAUCCGAAAAGGAAUCUAAAAAUCGUGAUGUUUCCCUUUCAAUGGCACCCCUACCCAUACCUCUUGGACCUCUAGUUGUUCCAUCUAUCCUAGAUGACGUUGGGAAAAUUAUAAUAAUGGCAGGACCAGUUCCAGUAGCGGUUCCUCAACCUGAACCUCACUCGGUUGGUGGCGUGUUAGUGCAUAUGCCGCAUGUUUGUUCUAUUCCUGAACGUGGUCGUGAAAAGGAUAUUUCUCAAUUUAUCCACGCUACUGAUGAGAUUAUGACAGCGACUGUUGAAACAGUAUCUGAGCAAUUGGAUUUGGCGGCUAUUAUACCGUCAGAGAAGGUAGUCACAGCCGUAGCGCGAUCAGUUACGCUGUCGGAUGCGGAUGUCGCAACGGCAACAGUUCAGAUUGCCAAACCAACCGUCGUAGGAGACUCUGGCGACGGCUUAGAGGAAUCUGCGGAUUCAGAAACACAUUACGAUUUAGAGGAUGGGGACGACUUCUGGCACACAUCGGUUGGAAAGUUCAAAUUCACAAUCGAUAAUCUGCCGCAAUCGCUGCAGUACAUACACCAACUGCUGAAAGAAAUACCAACGAUUGACAAGCCAGACAUUUUGUACUACAUUCUACAAUGUUUGAAAAUAAUGGUUCUUCAUGGCGAUGCAUUUACAAAGGCUGCACGCGAUGAUCGAGGGUUCUUCAUCUGGUGCCAAGAGAAUCUUCUUGUCAAAAACUUGUGGGACGUUUGCAACGCUGAGCAUUCACACAUCUGCGAAGUUGCGGUACCAAUACUCCUGCACUGCGUAACUUUACCGCUGGGAUCAGAUGUAUUCUGGAACGUCGUGCAAAGUGCGUUCCACGACAGCGACUGGCGCGUACGGUUCAAAGCCGUCGAGCGUGUUACAGUAAUAACAAGAUUUAUGGAUUCCACACCAUUACGUUCUGAGAUAAGCUUACAAGCAUCGCUAGCGACGGCUUUUUGCCACCUCAUAGCAGCAUGCGAUGACUUGAAUGUCCAUGUAGCACAAAGGGCAACCUUGUACCUCGGUACUAUUCACGACAAAGCCAUUCAAGCACUAAUGUUUUGCUUGGAAUCUCAAUUUGACAUGUUCAUAGUUGAUCGACCAGUUGUGCUGCAAUCAGUGUAUCAAUUACAUAACAUGCUGUCUGAUAGGAAAGUGCUAUCUUGGGAUUUCUUCCUCAACAGAUUUGAUACACUGUUUGUAGAAGCUCAAGUAAAUUUGGAGAAAAAUGGAGACAUCUCACAUUUAAGAGAUCUGCGUAACUCAGAAAACGGCAGUGAAAUUUUAUCUACGAAAAUCAACAAAGCUCGCGAAGCAUUGAGUCAAUCUGAUACAUCUGGAAGCAUGUCAAAAACUCUGAGUGCUUCAUUCGGUACUAAAUGGCCGUACAAAAGAACGAUGUCAGCACCCGCCACUAUAAUACCUAGGCAGGAGUCUAAAAUUGAAAAGGAAAAGAUCUACAAUCGUCAAGCUUCGGCACCGAUUUUCAAAAGAAAAAGCUCCCGCUUCGGAUUGGGUCAGUUUCUCUCUUCUGGAUCUAAUCAGAAUAAUUUGACGACCCCACAGCAUACAUACUUACAAACCCAUCCCCAGCAUCACUAUAACCAAACGCACAUUCACAAACCCCAACAGUCUAGCGCCCCCUACAACGUACAACAGCCACAAUUACACCAACCUCAUUCCUACCAUUCUCACCAUCAACACCAACCCGGCAGUAGCCAAGGCCUGUCGGGCCGACCAGACAAUCUAGCCUCCUCAUCUGUCCCAACCACUCCCAACCUAGCAUCUUCCCAGCAGUACCAGCAACAUCAGCAAUCAUUUUUCCAACCAAAUUUCGCCACAUCCGCAGCGUCGGGGGCGCCAGAUGGGCACAUUCAUUCGAUAGGCGGAGCUGGAGAUGAUUUCAAUAUGUCCGGAUGUUUAUAUCGCGUUAUAGAUCUCGAAGAAGCUGACAAGGAAACAAUCCAUCUCUUGGUGUUUUUACUGAUGCAAUUUAUGUCACGGGCGGAUCUGGCCUAUCCAACAGAUGAAAAACCGAUGGUCAAACAACAAUCCAUUGUUCUGCGUCAUCUUUAUCUACUUCUUGGAUUUAAUCAAACGGAAAAACUAUUCCACAUACCACCAACGCGACUUAGAACCUCGGCGGUGUUCAACUCAUUCAUAGCAAACUUACCACAAGUAUUAGAUCAGAAUCACUUGAUGGGAUGGUUGCUUUUACCAACAGUAGUGCAGGUUCUACUGUAUGCACCGAAUCAGGGUAACGGACUUCUUCAGUCUGGAUCCGAAGCCAUUCCCAGUGUUUCGUAUACCUUUUCGCUGUGGUACAUGGAAAUACAUGUGCGAAGAAACUGGAUGAUGUCUUUACUCGUAAUAUUAUAUAAAUACCAAUACAAUCAACCACCGUACGCUGACCAGAUACAAAAUCUGAUAAGAAUAGUCAUUAAUUCGUUAGAAUCCCAUUUUCACCAGUGUCGAAGAAUACCAGCGACUGUCGUAAUGGAUAUGCCUUCACGAUCCAGGGAUAUGAGUCAACCAUCCUUGGGCACUGAUCACGAUGAUCGUUUGCAGGAGACACCGCCAGCAAGUCCGCUAUUCACUUCAGAAGGACCGUCACACGGACAUGGCCAUUCAUCGAAGCAUAAACUAGCAAAAACGAACCCGUUAGGAUUCCGAAAGUAUCCCGAUUCGAGCUUAGAAACCGAUGACACAGAAUCUGAAUUAGUGGCCAUACCAGAGAGCGAUCUAUCAGACAGUACACUACAUUUGAGCAGCGCACCGAACUCCUUCGACGAUACUGUUCAUUACGACGAUAUAUGUGCGCCUCUGAAGCCGGAACUGGUCAAAAACAAAGUCACUACUCAUGUAACAGCUGCUAAUUUGGCAACUGCGCAUGUAGCUAUUUCAACCAUAACUACAGGUGAAAAAGAUGACAAAACAGAGCUUUCGAAAACGCUACAAAAAAUUAUAUCGUCGACUGGCGGUAGCGAUAAACCAUCUUCAGACACUGACCUGAGCGUUGUAGUUGCACACAAAAUUUCGCCCACCGCACAAAAGUGUUCCGUACAGGAAGGAGUACGGAUGAUGGUCACUUCAUCGAUGUUAGGUCAACCGAAAGCCCAAGCAAUCCUUAAUCCACCAGCCAACGUCCAGAAAGCCAUCGUUGUGACCCAAAAUGCAUCAGUGGCUAUUGCCAAGCCCAAGGAAAGCACUGUAUCAAAAGUGGUAACGUGCUUCUCAUCCAAUCAAUCCAGAACUGAAGAUGAUGACCGGAAUGAUAACCACAAACACCACCAUGCAUUGGAAAAAUCCGGUCUGUUAUCCACUAAUCAUGAAAUAUCAACUCACUGGUCGGAACAAAGGUCCGUAUCUCCUGCUCAAAAAACUCUGGGACGCCAAAAACGCAUAAUCGAACCGAGCUUGACUCCAGCAAGCACCCCAAUAUCCAACAAUGGCACACCUCAGAAUACAGCUGAGGAACACUCCAAAACCUUCCAUCGUAGCGAUAUGAGACAAUUUGAACGAUCGCUGAAUUAUGCUUCUCCAGAGACACCACUCUCCAAAAUGGACCUCAUGAUAGCGCCGACAAAUGAAACUUCUGAGACAUUGUUGAGCCCUAGAAGUAUUGCGCAGUUGGAAAUUCCUACACCGGAACGAUUGCUACCGAUUGGACAACACGGAAAAGAAGGCAUUGCCGCCCUGGUUGACAAAGUAAGAGAAGCUUUAACAAUUCCAGAUAUAAGUCACCUGAAGCACGACAGUUUUGACAAAUCCGACAGUGCUGGAAGCAACAAAGAAGACUUAACCGUUAGCAGCAGUCGCGGAGCUUCUCCACGUAAACUUAUCAAACAAAUAGCUUUGGAAUCACCGCCGCAAGCAGAAGAGCUGCACAGCACUGUACUGCGAAGUGUUUCAGCAGAUGUAAAAGCCGAAGUACCGAGUCGUGAUGGGCCGAAGCAAACCAGACAAAGACUCCGCAAAGUAGGUCCAUUUGCAAUCGGAUCGAUCAGUGCAUCGGACAGUAAAAUGCGAUAUGCAGGAUCAUGGGCCCCGUCUAGCAAGGAUGAUUCUGAUGGAGAUGAUACUCAAAUUGGCAGUAACAGUUCUGAAAAGCCGAGUGCAUCCAGAAUUGGUGAUGAAUGUAUUUGUGAACGAUGUUCAGAAUGCGGUGCUAUUAGGGAAGAAUAUACGGAUGAAGAGAUGGGAAUUAUGUUGAUUAUUUUAGGCACGUUCAUCCAUAGGGAGCCGGCCCUGGCAGCACCAUUUCUUCCAGACAUAUUAACAAUUGUAUCAAGAGUGGCUCUGCAUUCUACCUUUCCGUGGCAGUGUGAGAGUGCUACUCAUCUCCCUGGAGGUUCACAGUCUGUAGCCCACCAAUUUAUACGGUGCGUUUUGCACCAGUUAGCUCCAAAUGGCGUAUUCUAUCAGAUAUUCUUAACACAAGCAAAUGAAACCGUGCGCAGAAAGUUUUACAAGAGUGUAGCCAUUAGUCUCAAUGAUUUCACUGAGCUCAACCCGACCAGUCCGGUGCAAAUGUUGGUGGAAACGCUCAACUCUAAGAAAACACUUCCAGUAGACAUGCUGCCAAUUAUUCUCAGAAAUUUGUCGGAGUAUUUACAGAGCAUUCAAGUGGAUAACAUAAGCGGAAGUGUUUGGGCUACAGCUGUGCAAGGCAUUGAUAGCCUAUUCCGAAGGAUCGUUUUCAUCCUACCAAGUUUGGACGAAGCAGAUAACCUGUUACACAUAAUGACAUCUAUAUUGAAAGUUCCACAACUUUCUAAAAAUGUAUUAGAGCCGUUCUCAAAAAUCUUAAGCUAUGGAAUACAAAAUCUUACAUUAUCCCACAAAGUUUUAGUGGACCUAUGUUAUUUGAAUAGCCGUGCAUUUUCUAAGGAACGUGAUAAGCUUCAACUAUGCCGACAAAUGGUCUUUGAGCUCGUACAGGCUUUGAAGUUUAAAACGAAUAUCCCUGAUAGCAACCUGUUGCUAUUGGUGGGCAUUUUGUUACAGGAUGCUGGUGGCGCGAUGCCACCCGGUGUGAUCGAAGAUCUUCCAGAAACUGCUCCCCAAUUCAGCUGUAAUAUAGCAGAGUGCAUGCGACAAACUUAUCUUAAUGAUGUAAUGGAAUUUUUAGCGGAUUUUCACACGCUCAGCAAAAUCAAAUUUCUUUUCACAUCACGACAGAAUUUCAAAAACGGUGGAAUUACGUCAGGCCUGAGUGAAGACACCUUGGGCGGAGUGCUGAAGGGAGCUGUGGCCCAGUAUCUAGCACUGGAAAUGUCGCAUGGUAACUCGAGAGAUAACAGAGCUGUAUCCAGAUAUUUGCCAUGGCUGAAUAACGCUCCGUCUUCACUCCAACAAGGGCCGAAGGAAUUUACCGAUUGUGUUGGGCAUAUGCGUCUACUGUCUUGGCUGUUGAUGGGAUCGUUAACGCACACUGCCCUGAUGGGCAAAAGGGGUGGUCAAAUAGGACAGCAUGGUGUUGCCGUACACUACCAUCUUCAACAUCCGGUGAAUACGGUUGCACAGCCCGUGCCACAAGAAUCGAGCUGUCACAUUGCAGAUCACAUUCAGGUCAUAUUUGCUGGAUUUGCGGAGCAAUCCAAAACGUCCGUUCUGCAUAUGUCGUCAUUGUUUCAUGCAUUUACCCUUUGCCAACUGUGGACCGUCUAUCUGGAACAAUUGGCGUGCGCCGCCGCACCAUCUUCAGAAUCGCACAACAUAACCAUGGGCAUCUUAUUUGAAUUUUGGGCCAAAGUAACCCCAUGCAUUCUGCAACUGGUGUCUCACUCGAAGUUUCAGUUUUCUGAAAGUGUCAGCCUGCACUUUCUAAGUUUACUGGAAGCGCUGAAAGAAACUCGCUCAACCGUCUUAGCGAAACUGCUGCCCCUGUGGACGCCGGUGUUGUCGUCGAAUACUCCUCUGUCUGGAACGCAACACGUACGGCUACAAAACUGCCGUGACGCGGUUCCCAACGCCACCGAUCAAAAUCUGCACACAUCGGAAGCGCUCCUGAAAUGGCUCCAACGGUUGCAGUUCAAAAUGGGCCAAAUCGAGUUACAGUCAUCAACGGCUACACAGUUCUAUUCAAUAUAGAUCUUUUUGGUGUUUGAAUUGAUGUUAGGUCAACAGAUCCCGAGCAAUAGCUGUUUGGUCAUUAGGUUAGAUCGCAAGGGAUAGUUUGCCGGAAAUGUUUCGAGAACAAUGUUAUUGGAAUAUAUUUGUGCCACUGUCUAUAUAAACCGCUAUUGGGAAAAUAUUAAAUAUACUAUUUAUGA